AUGAGUACGCGACAUAAUAUAGGUUUGGCUAUUAUUUCAGGCAAGAAAAAAGCAUCUGCUCUCUUUGAAGUUGCAGAAGUUUUCCCUGUCAUGACAAACAACUAUGAAGACAGUAUUUUACGAGGUGUUAGGGAAGAAGCUUAUUCCUAUGAGAGUACAAAGGAACUGUUGGAUAAAGAUGUUGUCCAACUUCAUGCCACUCGCUGGCAAUCAAUGAGGAAGGAUGUGCUGGGUUGUGCUUCAGACAUGGAUUUCAUGUUGUGGCCCCGUAAGGACAUUGAUAAGAUUGAAUGCUUACUUUUUUCAAGAUGGAAAGGAGACAAUGGCAAGUUUAAGCCUCUGCAGACUGUCUUUGAAUUUUCACAUCAUGAAUAUGAGAAACAGUUGCUCCAUCUAGUGGCAAUUCGCAACCAGAAGUCUGCAUUGAUCAUCAGUAAUGCUGAGCAGUCAAUGUUCCUGUUUGUGGAUAGACAUGUUAUUCAAACCAGCAGCACCCAAGUAGUAAUUUUCAAACUAUGUAGCCUCUGUCUCUACAUACCACAAGACCAACUGAUGCACUGGGGUCCGGGAGCAGUUGAUGAGGUUCUGGCAUGUCGCCAGUCAUAGACUGAAGUGUUUCAUCGCCACCGUGUCUUGUCAGCACUAUAAACUGGCUCCCGCUUCACAUACAAAGAAUAAAAAACAAUUAACAACAACACCAACAACAACCCCCAGUUCAUCUUAAACCUCUCUGCUACUGUACUCCUUUCUGAUCAUUCAGUUGUCUCUUUUUCUCUGAUGUGCUGAUUUGAUAUGGUGGUGUGGUGCAGUAAGGUACGGUGUAUAGUGCAGUGACAUAAAGAAGUACAAAAAAAGAGCAAAAACAACUAUAUUAACUAAAACAACAUACAAAAAAAAAGACCAUAUGAAACUUUUUUCAUUUCAUUGGCUAAAAAAAAAAAUGAAAAAAAUGAAACAAAUGAAAAAAAAAAAGACUGUUGGACUUUGAAAAAAAAUGAAACACUUGAAAAUUUCAUUAAUUUUUUCUGUUUUUUUCUUGGAGUUACAUGUUUAUAAAAGAAUUAUUUUUUUUUUUCCAUUUUGAUUUUUCAAUUUUUUUCAUUUUUAAAACUUUUUUUUGUUUUUUUUAAUUUCAAAAUGAUUGAAGAAGGAAAUGAUUGAAUAUCAAUUGGCAGUUAGAUUGGUAUUGUUUUGUUGUAGACCUAGUUUUCUGAACUUUUCCUAUUUUAUAAUUAUUAUUACUUUUAUUAGAGAUUAGUAUUAAUAGUAAUAACUUAUUGGUGGCUUUUUGUCAACAUAAGAAAUUAUUAUUAUGAGCUCUUGGUUAAAUUCUAUUAAAGCAAUUUUACAUUUAAACUGCUUAAUUUCCAUUGAAUAGAUACAGAUGUAUAGAAUAUUAUUUUUAUUAAGGCAGUGAGCUGGCAGAAUUGUUAGUGUGUCAGACAAAUGCUUAGUAGCAUUUCUUCUGGCUGUUUAUGUUCUUAGUUCAAAUCCUGCCGAGGUCAACUUUGCCUUUUAUCCUUUCAAGGUUGAUAAAGUACCAGUUAAGUACUGGGGUUAAUGUAAUCGACUAAUCCCCUUCCCUCUAAAAUUGCUGGCCUUGUGCCCAAAUCAAAAAGAAUUAUUAUUGUUAUAAUUUACGACUGCUAUAUAGUAAAAUGCCAUACAGAAAGUUUCGAGUUUCAGUUUCACAUCUUAGUUGAAGCGAUUCACCACUUAAGCUGCUACUGCUCUUUGAGAUUUGCAUGGGUGUCACAGAGUCUCUCAUUUCAUUUCACUUAGAAGUUAUUGAGGCCUUCUGCUUAAUUAAGAAAUCAUUGUUAGAAGUUAUAUUGUGAAAUUAAUAAUUAUGAGUUAAGUAUUAAGUCUUUGUCAGUUGUUUUCAGACCAAUAACAUUAAAUGAAGAUAGUCUGAAUCCAUUGAGAGCCUUCUGCAAAUAUUGUCUGUAUCCUUCUGUUGAUGAAGAACAGUUAUUACACUAAGGAAGGAUCAUGGGUUGGCAGUCAGUUGCUGCUUUGCUUAGUGUUAAAAUCCCUCCAAGGUUAUCUUUAAGCAUUAUUUCUCUGGAGUUGUGAUAUUUGUAUCAGAAAUAUGCAGGCUUACCUUCAAUUCUAGAACUCUCAUAGAACACAUUGGUGAUAUAUACACACAUACAUUAUGUAUGUAAUACAUAUGUAUAGAAUAUAUGUAUAUAUUGUGUGUGUAUAUAUAUAUAUAUAUAUAUAUAUAUAUAUAUAUAU